UGUGUGUUGAAGUAAUUGGCAGGUGCCGUAAAAGCUCCAAGAGUUAUCGACACACACACACACACGCCUCGCCGCCCCGGCCUCAUCCAGAGUGCCCACUCGCCCGUCACGCCUCGCACGGCCGCCGCCUUGCUGCCCUGCCGGCCGCCCCGCCCCGCCCCCCCUGGCCUCCGACCCGUCAUGACGCCCCUGCCGGCACUGCUUUGCCUCGUGCUGGCCGCCGCCAGCGCCUCCACCGUGUGGCACAAAGCCCUGAUCACGCAGGACCGGCUGGGCGCCGCCGCCAGGACCCAGACCGUCCCCGUGUCGGAGGAGAUCCUGUGUGCCAUCACGGCCACGCACACGCCCUGGUGUCACCUGUUCACCCACAACGCCAGCGGCUGUGUGAUGUACGACGUGCUGCUGGACAGCCUGGCCGACCCGCCGCCCGAGGGACAGGACGCCGCCGCCUGCAGGACCCGACACCGCAACGUGUGCAUUAGAGAGGGGGAGGUGCUGCAGGACGGGGAAGAGGCAGAGGUGGAGUGCUUCCCGCACACCUGCAGGGAAGGUGUGCUGGAACCCCAACCAAAGAGUACAACUUGCGAUGGGCCGUUUGCGGAGCAUGCCGUGGGCUGCGUACAUUUUGUUGAUCGCAACAUGCGGUGGUGCGAAGCCCGUCAGUACUGCAGCUCCCUGGAAGCAGACCUGGCCGUCGCGCAACCCGAGAACUUCCCGUCUCUGCAGCAGUUUUACUUGGACAAUGCGGGUGGCCAAGAGACGUGGGUGGGCAUCAAGGCGACAAAGUGGCUGGACGGGCACGCCGUGAACGAGAGUGAGUGGUACCCGGGCGAGCCUAACGGCGACUUGAACACAUUCUGUGCCCGCAUGAAGAAAAAAGACGACAACUAUUUAAUCUACGACAUCUCCUGCGACAGUAGCUACCGCGUCGUGUGCAUGAGGGGCUGAGGCGCCUCUGUCCUGCUGAAGGCGACCGGGCGGCAUAUUCCCAAUCUCUCAACGGGUAGCUAUGAGGUCCCCGGCUGUAGCUUCCAAACUGACCACGGGUAUUCAGGACAAUACUCCAAUUGAGACUCCCACUCAAAAUUACCAGAAAUGCCUUCAACCAAACCUGACCUGGCCUAACGUACCCUGCCCUGUUCAAGAGUGGGCGCCACGCACCAGUAGAGAGAGAGGGAAUACGCAACCGGGAGAGGCGGAGGAGGUGUGCAAUAGACUGCAGCAAAAAAAGAAAAAUCAGUACUUCGGUUUCCAGAGCAUUUAUUAUAAUUCUUAUUAAUUCACCUAUCUACUUACUCUCACUGACUUAUGUACUUGACUCUUUAAUUACAAGCUACAAGUCAAUACGUAAGCAUGGAAGGGGUCUCGUGCAAAAGUCACCCAGCGCCGGCGACCUGGUUUCCUCGCGUGCCGGCAGCUUCGAGGUUCAAAGGGACACAGUCUUAAACAUUUCCGCGUCCAAGCACACACACAUCUUUGACACGGUUUACGUAGGAGUUUUGGGCUUCUCCAGGGGUGACUGUGUGACCCUGGUGGUAGUUCGACCCUUCUUCAGUAUCCUGAACCUAAAAAAGCACUCACAAGAACACAAUUGACCUCAUUUUUGGCCCACCUAUUUGACAAGGCUUUCGUAGGCGUCUUGGGCAUUUUCAGGGGUGGCUGUGUGACCCUGGUGGUAGUUUGACCUUCUGUACCUUGAACCUAAAGAAACACCCACGAGAACCUUAUUGAUCUCAUUUUUGGCCUUGGAAACAGUUGAUGAUGUGAGAGUGGAAGCGUCUGGGAACACCAAACAAAGAGAAAGAGAGCGGGUGCAAGAUCGCUUUCGGCUGCAUUUCAGUGAACACGCAUCAAGGCACUCAUGUCUCCAUUAACUUAACCACAGCGAUGCAUUUGGGACACACGGCCAAUAUAGCAUUAUCUUGAAAGCACAGAGCACUUAGACACCCAUGAAGGCAACAACAGCUCAGGCAGGUCACACGUGUUAGCACUUUGAGCCUCCCCUUCGUGACUUUUAAGUGGAUGUUUGAUUCUCACGGUCAUAAUAUUAAACAGAUCGGCGCACAAGCACACGUAUUUGAGAAGGCAUUUCCAGGGGUAGGUUUUUUUACCAUUCUGAUAGUUUGAAUAUUCUUCUGUACCUUGAACAUUAAAU